UCUCCUGCUAGCAACACACACACACACACACACACACACACACACACACACACACACACACACACACACACACACACACACACUUACGCACACAAACUCACACAGACACAUACACACAUAUACAGCGCUAACAGAGCUAACAGGGAGACUGCAGAGCAGCAGCCAUGACAGACACCGACGCCCUGAGUGAUGCCUUGCAGGCUCUCAGUGUGAGCACGGAGCUGAUUGAAGAGGAACUGAAGCCUCACUUGGACACUCUGCUCACUGCCCUGCUGGAGAAGAAGAAGGAUGCUGCUGUGGAGAUUUCCAGGAGUGGGAUUCUUCCAACUCUGGCUCAGGUGUUAGAGAGGAGAAGCAACCUGAGUAUCCAGGUGGCGCUGGUGGUGGCAGAGAUGGCCCGAGAAGCUGCAGUGAGGGAGCCAUGCAUUGAGGCAGGUCUGGUAGAAGUUCUGGUUCCACAUUUGAACAGUAACGACGAGGAGAUGCUGCUAAACACUGGAAGAGCCAUCGGACGAAUCUGCUUCGAUAACUCGCACCAGCAGGACCAGUUAGUCCAGAGAGGCGUCAUCCCCAGACUAGUGACCAUCAUCAGGGAUUAUCCGGAGAACGACCCGCUGGUCAACGUGUGCCUGCUGGCUCUCUGCAACCUGGCUGACAUUGACUCUGCGCGGGAAGCUCUGGCUGAUCAGGACGUUGCAGGAGUGUUGACGUUUCAGCUGAAACGAGCUCCUGAUGCUGAACGCCGUCAUGUGAUACUGGAGAUACUGGGAUCACUCGGAGAGAGUGAUACACUGAAGCUGCAGUUUGCAGAGUCAGGAGUACCAGAAGCUUUAUCGGAUAUGAUCCGGGCUCUGCAGGCCGCUUCGGACCCUCACGAUCUCUGCAGCAUCAAGAUUGCCUCCAACCUCAUCGUGUCCCUGCUGUUAGGAGAUGAGUCCAUGCAGAAGUGUUUUGGAGAGGGGUCAGGUCUGGUUUAUCAGGACGUUCUGUCGUGGCUGCAGAGCUCGAACACUCAGCUGCAGCUCUCAGGAGCUCUCGCCAUUGCUAACUUCGCCAGAAAUGACAGUAACUGUGUGAAGAUGCUUGACCUCGGCGUGGUGCCUCACAUCCUCACCCUAUUGGAGAAACAUGUUGAUGAAGGAGAUGUGUCUGUCCAACAUGCUGGACUGAGCGCGCUCAGAAACCUCGCCAUCCCUGCCACCAAUAAAGAGCGGAUGUUGGAGGAUGGAGUCACAGAGAGGAUAAAGAGGCUGCUGCGCUCUGACAUGCCUCCAGUUCAGUUUAAACUUCUGGGAACUUUACGUAUGAUGGUGGAUGGACAAGAGGAGGCUGCAUUGGUGCUCGGCAGAGACUCGGUUCUUCUCUCUCGGGUCAUGGAGUGGUGUGAUGCCAAAGAUCAUGCAGGAGUCCGAGGAGAAGCCAGCCGCUUGCUUGCCGCUCUGAUCAGACACAGCCGCAACGCCGAAGUUGUUCGUGCUGUUGCCAAAGCAGCAGGGAUUGAACAUCUUAUCUCCAUGGCAACAAGUGAGCAUGUCAUCAUGCAGAGCGAGGCCCUGGUUUCCAUGGCGAUAGCCUCUGCCAUCGACAUAGACUCAGUGAAGGAUGUGUUCAGGGAUGCUCAGCUGUUUCCUCUACUGAAGAACAUGUUGGAGGAUCCUGUUGGAGCAGUUGAAGUGAAGUUCAGUGCUUUAGGUCUAAUCUGCAGCCUGGUUAACUGCAGUGUGAUGAAGGAUGAGCUGAACUCUGUGAAUAUGAAGGAGAGUCUCAGUAAACUGACGGAUCACAGCAGCAGUAAACUUUCCUCUCAGGCCAGCUCCAUACUGGCUGUUCUCUGUGACACCACUUAAACCAGCACGAAGUUUCCAUGUCUGGAUUUAUUUAUUAAUUUAGUAACAAACAUUAAUAAAAAAAUAAUCUAAAUGAACAGAAUAUGAUAAUUGUUGUACUAACUUCUCAAAUCUCACCAGUCUUUGGGUAAUGAUCACCAAAUAAAGACUAAAACCGUUCCUACAUCUCCUGAGCUUUCAGCUACAGCUGAUGACCUUCAUCGUAUAACCAUUGUAUGACAGUCUUUUUGUUUCAAAGGAGCAAUACAUGUGAUGAAACAUAACUUACCUGUUGCAUUUUAUGGCGCAACCAUUUUGAUUUUAGUCUGAGAUGUUAAUGUUGUUGUAAGUUGCUGUGAACAUAAACGUUUAACACAUUUAAAGACUGUCAACCAAACGAUUGCCAGUCCUACCUAAAGAUAUCAGACUGACACAAUCCUGUGUUGUGAUGCAGGUUAUAAAGAAUCCCGUUUCUAAAGGAAGAAUUUGCGCCUUUUCUACCCAGUAGAUGUUGCCACUUAGCUCCAACAUAAACCAAAACAAACUUCUGUUUGUCCACUCCUCUUCCAUAUUGAAGCCUCCGCUCUCCUUCAGAGACACACCUCCAACCCCCCUCCACUCACGUUCUCCCAGAGUUUAGUACAACUAGUGGACAAAAUCGUCCUCUGCUCGAGCUGCAAUCAACUGUGUCCUGCAUUGUUGUUUUAGCAUGCUAAUGUUAGCGCUCUUUAGUUAGCUCGUAGCUUCACAUUUCAUGUAAACUGACACCGAAUGAGCGUGAUCUAAAAACUCUUACUAACAUCCAAAUAAUCAGUGAGUAUGUUCUUCUUCUUCUCUCUAGUUCUUGACCAAAACAGCUUUUAUACACAAGGGGAGGAGCCGGCCGUCCCGUCCAUGUAAACACGGCUCUGACAACAACACAGCCAGCGGGAUUGGAGCUUCUCCCUCAUUGUAGACAGUCAUGGCUCAGAGACACAUUAACACAGGAUAGACUGGAUUUAUGAUUUAUUUAUGUGUAACAUGUUGCACAUUCUUCCUUUAAGACAAUUCUUUAAAUACAGACGUAGAUUUCAGAGAUGGUGUCUGUAGUUAUGUUGAAAGACAGCGAGUUGUUGCUGAGAAAAAUACUUUAAGCUUCACAGAUACACAUGCACAGAUGGUCUGUUCUAUGCCACUAAAAGGUUAGUUAGAAUUAUGUAUCCAAAGGAAACAGUGGUUCAAUGUUUAAAUAAAUCAUCAUUUGUAUAGCGGCAAUUCAUAACAAGAGUAAUCUUGAGAUGUUUUACAAAAGAGCAUAUGGGUUAAUACAGUAUGUAGACAUACAAAUAAUGAUUUACACAUUAAUUGAUUGAUGGCUCAAUGUUUCAAAUAUUUAAAUAUGUAUUGUAACAAAUGUACAAAGCUAAAUUUAAAUAAUAAUCUGACAUUUUACGAGUUUUGUUCUACAUAAUAAAGUUAUGCAAAUUUU